GCAUUGGGCGGGUCUGCGGCGCGGUCGGUUACUGCUGUUCUUUGGCUUCUCCGCGAUUGAGAAAACUUCACUGAAGAUGUCUAAGCAACAACCAACUCAGUUUAUAAAUCCAGAAACUCCUGGCUACGUUGGAUUUGCAAACCUUCCCAAUCAAGUUCACCGAAAAUCAGUGAAAAAAGGUUUUGAGUUCACACUAAUGGUGGUCGGUGAAUCGGGUCUAGGAAAAUCGACUCUCAUAAACAGCCUGUUCCUGACCGAUCUCUACCCAGAAAGAAUCAUACCUGGAGCCGCAGAGAAAAUUGAAAGAACUGUCCAGAUCGAGGCUUCGACUGUGGAGAUUGAAGAGCGAGGGGUCAAGCUGCGCCUGACAGUGGUGGACACACCCGGCUACGGGGACGCCAUCAACUGCAGGGAUUGUUUUAAGACCAUCAUCGCCUACAUUGAUGAGCAGUUCGAACGGUACCUGCAUGACGAGAGUGGCUUGAACAGGCGGCACAUCGUUGACAACAGGGUGCACUGCUGCUUUUACUUCAUCUCCCCUUUCGGCCACGGACUGAAGCCCUUAGAUGUUGCAUUUAUGAAGGCGAUACACAACAAGGUGAACAUUGUGCCUGUCAUUGCCAAAGCCGACACCCUCACACUGAAGGAGCGGGAGCGCUUGAAGAAAAGGAUUCUGGAUGAAAUUGAGGAACAUAAUAUCAAAAUCUAUCACUUACCCGAUGCAGAAUCCGAUGAAGAUGAGGAUUUUAAAGAGCAGACUAGACUUCUCAAGGCCAGUAUCCCAUUCUCCGUGGUCGGGUCCAAUCAGUUGAUCGAAGCCAAGGGCAAGAAGGUCAGAGGCCGUCUCUACCCGUGGGGCGUUGUGGAGGUGGAGAACCCGGAGCACAAUGACUUUCUGAAGCUGCGGACGAUGCUCAUCACCCACAUGCAGGAUCUCCAGGAGGUGACCCAGGACCUGCAUUAUGAAAACUUCCGUUCCGAGAGGCUCAAAAGAGGUGGCAGAAAAGUGGACAAUGAGGACAUGAAUAAAGAUCAGAUCCUGCUGGAGAAGGAAGCUGAGCUCCGCCGCAUGCAGGAGAUGAUCGCCAGGAUGCAGGCGCAGAUGCAGCUGCAGCUGCAGGGCGGGGACGGCGACGGUGGGGCCCACGGGCACCACGUGUAAGAAAACACAUUGCAAGAUGAAGAAAACAUUCCGCAUGAGUAAUACAGCUGCGUGUUUCCGACAGAUUAUUGGAGGGCUGCCCGUCCACAUUUUACAGUACCUGUGCCUGAGAAUUUAAUUUUUUUUUAAACUUUUGAUGUUUUGUAUGAAGUACUUUUAACAUUUGUAAUUUUGUUGCUCUGUUAUACUUCAUAUUUUGUGAGGUGAACCUUUCAUUUUUAUCUCUCUUCCACCUUAACUAACCACUAAUGUUGGAACUGAUUUCCGGGGUCAGUUAGAAUGUGUAGUUAACAUUGAAUUUCUUUGGUUUGGCUGGCCUAACUGACUAAUGGUUGAGGAGCACUCUUGAUUCAUUUCUAGAACAUUCAGAUCGAGCCGGCAGUGUUCCUGGGUGGUGGCAACGUAGACCCAGCAAGUGAUCUGGAAAGAUGAGCUGGCCUGCAGUAGGGCAUUUACAACACCUAAAACCAGUUUUGCUGCUGUAAUUCGAUACUGUUCAUUCAUCUGCACGUUCACCUUUCCACCACUUGAAACAAUAGAAUUAUCUAAUGUGACAUGUGCAUACUCAG